CAGAACCCCUGACACCGCGCCCGGUGCUCGGGCAGCGCGUCCUAGACCCCAGCUAGCGCGCGUCGUCGGUUUCCGGACACCGCAACUUACGCCUUCCCCGGGACCCUGCGCCCGGCUCCUGGAUUCCACGUGACCCUAUCCCCAGCCGCCUGCAAACCCCAUGGCCACCCAGAGGGGUGAGGUAGGGGCAGCCUGAGUAAGCCCAGACCGAGCCCCGUCCACGCCCCUCCGGGCUGCACGGCUGGAGUCUUCGGGGAGCUAUGCUAAGGCCGGGUGGUGCGGAGGAAGCCGCGCAGCUCGCCCCUCGGCGCGCCCGCGCCCCUGUCCCCGCGUCCGCGCCCAGACCCGCGGCCCCCGACGUCUCCCCAGCUUCGGCCCGCCUAGGUCUUGCCUGCCUUCUGCUGCUGCUGACUCUGCCGGCCCGCGUAGACACAUCCUGGUGGUACAUUGGGGCCCUGGGAGCCCGGGUGAUCUGUGACAACAUCCCUGGUCUGGUGAGCCGGCAGCGACAGCUCUGUCAGCGUUAUCCAGACAUCAUGCGCUCAGUGGGUGAAGGUGCCCGAGAAUGGAUCCGAGAGUGUCAGCACCAGUUCCGACAUCAUCGCUGGAACUGCACUACACUGGACCGCGACCACACUGUCUUUGGUCGUGUCAUGCUCAGAAGUAGCCGGGAGGCAGCAUUUGUCUAUGCCAUCUCAUCAGCAGGCGUGGUACAUGCUAUCACUCGUGCCUGUAGCCAGGGUGAACUGAGUGUGUGCAGCUGUGACCCAUAUACUCGUGGUCGACACCAUGACCAACGUGGGGACUUUGACUGGGGUGGCUGCAGUGACAACAUCCACUAUGGUGUCCGUUUCGCCAAGGCCUUUGUGGAUGCCAAGGAGAAGAGGCUUAAGGACGCCCGGGCCCUCAUGAACUUACAUAACAAUCGCUGUGGUCGUACGGCUGUGCGACGAUUUCUGAAGCUAGAGUGUAAGUGCCAUGGUGUGAGUGGUUCAUGUACUCUACGCACCUGCUGGCGUGCACUCUCAGACUUCCGCCGCACAGGUGAUUACCUGCGGCGGCGCUACGAUGGGGCUGUUCAGGUGACAGCCACCCAGGAUGGUGCCAACUUCACAGCAGCCCGCCAAGGCUAUCGCCGUGCCACUCGGACUGAUCUUGUCUACUUUGACAACUCCCCAGACUACUGUGUCUUAGACAAGGCUGCAGGUUCCCUAGGCACCGCAGGCCGCGUCUGCAACAAGACUUCUAAAGGAACAGAUGGUUGUGAAAUCAUGUGCUGUGGCCGAGGGUACGACACAACUCGAGUAACCCGUGUCACCCAGUGUGAGUGCAAAUUCCACUGGUGUUGUGCUGUGCGGUGCAAGGAGUGCAGAAAUACUGUGGACGUCCAUACUUGCAAGGCCCCCAAGAAGGCAGAGUGGCUGGACCAGACCUGAACACUUAAGAUACCUCACUCAUCCCUCCGCUUCAAGCCUCCCAACUCAAAAGCACAAGAUCCUUGCAUGCACACCUUCCUCCACCCUCAACCCUGGGCUGCUACAGCUUCUAUUUAAGGACUUGAGAAUAAUCCAGAGGGACCAUGGUGUCCUGGCUUGUUCCUUAGCCCUGGGAAGGAGUUGAUAGGGGAUAUAAGAAGCUGAGUGGAUCCCUGAUUUCCACUCUGGAGGUUUGAAGAAAGAGUAGAAGAGGUAGAGGGUCUUCAGAGUGAUUUGAGUUGCACUAAAGAACCUGGUCAAGGCUCAUUUUUCCUUUCCCUUGCACUGACUUCCUGAUACUUCUUGGGCAUGCAAGAGGAAGGGGACAUGGAGAUAGCUUCCUUUUUUAAUUCUAUCCUGAUUGAGGAUAGCAUCAGACAGAGAUGAGACUACAUGUUCCUUCCCUAGAGACAGUUUGAGCAGACUGCCUGGUACCCUAAAAGAACAAUCUUAGGGUACGACAUUCUACUAUUGAGAGCUUGAGAAUGCUAGACAAAGUCAGCCAUCUUGGAUGAGGCUGCAUUCACAUGCUUAUAUAUAGUUUAUAAACUGCUGUGUUUUAUAGGGGAAAAUCAUGUAACUACAUAAACAUGCAUUCUCUGUCUGUUUCCACCUUUACUUGUUGCCUGUUCAGUCUGAGGUGGCAUGUAGUGGUUCUCAAGGCUAACAGAUCAUUAGAAUAUUCUGUGACAGUACAGGGAGAGAAUAAUACAGUAAGUCUUUCUAGGCCUUGGGAUUCUGUUCCCCCAUGUGUUAUUCUGGAGGUUAACUAGGUUUGGAAAACACUGAGUAAAAGACAGGUCGUUUCAUGGAGGUGAGCUGACCUGAUCUCAAACGCCACAAGGGGAUCAGUGUAUAUUAGGAAGAUAGAGAUCUCUAACUUCAGUAAUUCUUUAGGAGAGGAUCCUAACUUUUGAAGCUAGGAGAAGCCUGU